GCGCGGGUGAAAAGGCUGCUAGCUCUUUGGAAUGCAACACAACUCUCGCACUAUGGAGGAAAAUACUCGAUCGAGAGGAUGCUCGCGCUCGAAGAGUACAAUGAAACUACAUCUGUGGCUAGAGUUGUGCUCGUGACCGUUAGCCUCCCACUUGCUGUGUUCGUUGUGAUAAUGUGCCAAGAAGUUGUCCCGCUUCAAGACCCAAAAGAAGGUUGGAAAGCAAAUUAUGGAUUUUGGAUGCGCGUGGGUUUUGUUGGUGUUGCAGCCUCAUACGCC